UUGUCAUCACUUGACCUUAGUCCUCCACUGCCCACAUCCAUGUAUUGUUGGUUGUGUGGGAAGAUGUUGGUUCUCUAUUUUGACUAUGCUUGUUGGUUAUGCUCGAUUAUGUCUGCGUGGCAGGCCAUUCUUAGUUUGUUUUAUCCAUAGACCUUUCUAGCAAUGUCCGUAUGUCCUGGUCACCACAUCAAGACAUUUCUGUUACCACUUCAUUACAUUCCUCAUCACACCUGUACUUUUAGUUGUCGUGCUGUGCCUGCUGUUCCCUGCAAUUGAAAAGCCAAGAAGUGUUACAGACACGUGUCUAUGGUCCUUGGUUUACUUGGAAACAAUCACAUCCUAGGUCCUAGGUUACAUCACAAGACGCCACAACUAAUUCUAAUAUUCUAAUAUAACAGCAGGUGGAUCUUUGAAUAAUUCAUACAGGUAAAGGACAGUAAAGAUGAUUCUUUAUCUUCAACUUUAAAAUCAAGUGACCAGAGCACGAGGGCAACAUCUCGUGCUGCAGACGAAUAACUUCAACGCCAACAAGCAUGUCGUCUGCUUCAUCGGAAGUGCACCUGUACCGUGGUGGACUACAUCGUGAUGGUCGUCAUGCUCGUCGUCUCGCUCUCGCCAUCGGCUUCUACUUCGCCUGCACGGGCGGCCGCCAGCGCUCACAGCGCGAGUACCUGUUGGCGGAGGGCAAGAUGAACUUCUUACCUGUCUGUCUCUCUCUCUUUGCCACCUUCCAGUCCGCCAUCGGGUUGCUAGGUGUGCCUGCUGAUGUGUACGAGUACGGCACCAUGGUGGUGUACAACGGUCUGGGCGUCGUCAUCGCCAACCUCAUCACAGCCUUCACCAUAGCGCCCUUGUUCCACCCUCUGCAGCUCGUCAGCGUCUAUCAGUACCUGGAAAUGCGCUACAACUCCAGGAUAGUCCGGUGGAUUGGGGUUUGCAUCGGCAUGAUGUGGACGACUCUAUACAUGGGGAUGGCUUUGUUAUCUCCAGCACUGGCGAUGAAGGGAGUCACAGAGAUCCCCAUCUGGAUGUCUGUCGUCGUCGUGGCUGCCAUAGGAACGGUGUACACCACAGUCGGUGGGAUGAAGAGUGUCCUAUGGACUGACGUCUUUCAGACAGCCAUCAUCUUCGCUGGUCUCAUUGCCGUCAUCAUCCAGGGAAUAAUAGAAAUCGGAGGGGGUCACGAACUCUACACUAUAUCACAACGAGGCCAGAGACUAGUGUUUGAUGACAUAUCCCCAGACCCACGUGUUCGACACACUCUGUGGGGCUUUUUGUUUGGGUACACGGUCUACUGGCUGUCCUGUAACCUCACCCAAUCGUCCAUCCAACGAAUUUCAUCCACGAAGUCUGUGCGUCACGCGAAGCUGGCCUUCCUGACGGCUCUUCCUGUGAACAUCUGCUACGCUGUGUGUCAGGUGUCGGCAGGACUGUGCAUGUACGCCUUCUUCAUCUACACCGGCUGCGAUCCCUUAAGGGCAGGUCACGUGACCACCAGUAACCAGGUCAUAAUCUACUAUGUGGUGAAGGUGAUGGGGUUUCUUCCGGGUUUUUCGGGUUUGUACCUGGCCACCAUCCUCAGCGGUUCACUCAGCACCCUGUCCUCCGGCAUCAACUCGCUGGCAGCCAACACCACAGAAGACCUUCUUCGCCGUCCGUUGUCCAAACUGUCUCCUGCCUCCGUCACCAAAGUCACCAAAGUCAUUGCGCUUUUCUUUGGCUUUGUGGUCACAGGUGUCGCCUACACCUUUCGCGGCUUGGAAGGGCCGGUGUCUCAGUUGACAACAACAAUCCUGGGCGCCAGCAGCGGUCCGGUGACGGGUUUGUUUAUCAUGGGCUUCGUCUUCCCUGGAGCCAACAAGUUCGGCGCCAUCACGGGCUCGGUUGGUGGCCCUUGCCGUCAACAUGUGGAUGAGUGUCGGCGGCUUUGUGUACGGAGCCUGCAAACCCAAGAAGCCUGCGGGCCCCGUGUCCGGGUGUCUUGACUACAACAGCAGCUCCACACUUUCCUCACUUACAACUCAGUCUGGAAUCAACCUGAGAGAACCUGCUAGAAAUUUCUUUGGCAACGAGUCUGUGACUGUUAAAGCCACGUCUUGUGACGUCACCUCGGGUUUUUCCUGUACAACAUUUCCUAUCUCUGGUAUACUCUCAUCGGCUGUGUCGUCUGCAUUGUCGUCGGCCUUGCUGUGAGCUUGAUUACAAACAUCUUCAUACCACACAACUACCCGUCCCCCAGGCUGCUGCUGCCCCUGGCCCGACGGGGUAUGAAGGAGGUGACCCUGACACCAGACAAACCGGAAGCUGAUAAAAAGGGUCAAGAACUGGACGUGAAGAAAUGAUAAUCUUCCCAUGAUGCUCAGCUGUCAACUGUCAGGCUUCAUCGUUGGCCGAGACAUUCUCUUUGCUUGCUCAUCAUUUAAUGUCCAUGUCUUGUUAGUAAUUUAAGAGAAUAGUUUGCUGAUAUUACCUUUAUCCCAAAGUGGACUUUGUUCUGAGAGAAGUAUAGUAGAAUAAAAAAAAACAUUUC